AUGUCAAACCCGACACUAUCACAAAGACGGUCCAAGACCAAGGGCCAGACGGGUUCUUAUUCCAUGACAGUUGGAAGUGCUAAUAUUGCCAAUAAUGCUAGUAAUGAAGCACACGGCUCUAGCUCUAGACCGUCAUUAAACCGGUCAAGAUCUUCCGACGGAAUAGCCAGACCCAAAGGUUCAGGGAUCAGACGAAAUCAUAAGUCGUUGACCAAGUUAUCGUCUGGUCUCCAGCCCCUCACCAAGACGCAAUCUAAUCCAAUACUUCGGACGAGUAAGUCCAACUCGUCGCUCCAUCGGAACGGGAGUGGGACGCUUCAACCGCUCAGCGGUCUUAAGAGCAACGCAAAGAGGAAAGCCAUCUUGAAGUUGAACGAUGACGAGAACGACGACGAAUACGAAGACGUUGAUAACGGUACCAGUACCGGUAACGGCAAUGGCAAUGACAUGUCGUCUAAUGACGAAGGAUACAAUCUCCAGGAUGCAACUGACACGUUAUCAAGAAUAAGUGAAGCUGCGUCUACUGGCGUUCCAAAGCUUCAAGACGACAACGACAAUUCACUGUCGAGUGAGUUUAUCUCCACACAGAGCUCUACUGACGACUUUAACUCCAACAAGAAUAACCUUUAUGGAGGCUCGCUUUUACUUUCCCAAUCCACAGGUUUACUCAAGAAGCUCGAACCCAAGCCCAUAGUCCCCAAUGAAGGUGGGGGAAAAGAGCAGUCCAGCACCAAUGACUCUUCGUUUGAAUACGGAAGUGUUAGUGGGAUUUCAUUCAAGGCAAACCCUAUCACCACCACAGUUGCUGCGCCAGAAACCAACAAAACCAACUCUUACCAACCCAAUCAGACCAUCAUCAACAACUUGAAACGAACAAACUCCCAGUACAAGAAGCAACAGCAACAAUCUCAACAAUAUCAGCAACAGCAGCAUGUUCAAGAAGGAGGAGCCCCAAGACCACAGCCGGUUGUAGGGGGUCAUGUUUCUGAUUUCAACUUGAAUGGAGGUGCCAAUGAUUUUCAGGACUUCUUAAAGAGUGAUGAUACCAACGUCAAUAAUAGUAAUAACGUUACAGGAACAAGAACGCAACAGAAGCUAUGGCUCCAAAGAGAAAACUCGUUAAUGGAUGUGUACAACACUACUAACCCCAAUAAUACCAACUUUAUGAACUUGAAUAGUUUCAGCAGCUCAUCGUUCCGGAAUAACCCCAACUUGUCCACGCUUUCACUCAGUAACCUCAUGUUUUCACACCAAAGCACAGCCAAUUUGGCCUCCGUCAACGUUAAUAGCAACAACCAAAAUGAAGUGUUCAGAGGAGGCCCGUCCUCCAACAACAGCAAUAGUAAUAAUACUGCUAGUCACGGCCAACUACCAACACCUGGUGGCCGACAUCACGACAACGAUAUAUAUACUGGAGCGAGCUCGUCUUCUCAACCAUCUACUCCAGGACUGUUACAAAGCAACCCUAACAGUGUCAACGGGCUUUUACAGAUGCUACAGAAUAACAGCAUCACCAACUCCAUACAUGCCCGAACUGAGUUUGAAAGGAUGAACAGAGAGUACUUGAACGUGAGAAGACACCUUAACCCCAUUGGGGAGGGCCUCAAGCGGAUGGAAACGAUUAACGAGAGUAACGGGGACAUCAAAGUCACCAAAAGAACACAGAGAAACAACGUGGGUGGUGCAUCGUCGUCGUUACUUUCCAAAAGCACAGCAGCCAAUAGCAAGAAGUUUCUACAAUUUUCCCCUGUGUUCAAUGAAGAUGAGGCUUCCAAAUUGGUGAACAAGCUCUGGCAAGAAGCUUUGAUAUCGAAUCUGCAUACUGCCCAGCAGCAGCAGCAGCAACAACAGCAACAACAGCAGCAGCAGCAACAGCAGCAGCAACAACAGCAACAACAGCAGCAGCAGCAACAGCAACAGCAGCAACAGCAACAGCAGCAACAGCAACAGCAGCAACAACAACUACAGCAUCAACCGGGUGCUUACAAUGUCCAGGACCAAAGAGGCAUCAGACCAAAUGGAUAUCGAUAUCAGCAGCUUCUGCAACAGCAACAGCAGCAGCCAGCACCAAUGACCAGGAAACUCAUUUCUGCGGCCGCCCAGGCCCAGGCCCAGUUCAAAAGAAGCGAAAUAUCGUUAUCGUAG